GUAUUACCUAGCUAUGGUCAUGUGAGAGAUCUAGCUGGAAAGUCAAGAUCUGUCCGUCCUGAUGAUGACUUCAGCAUGGUGUGGGAGGUGCCUUCUGCUGCCUGGACACAUCUUAAGAGCAUUAGAGUAGCACUGAAAGGAAAAUUUAAUUCUCGCAUCUGAUCCUGAUCGUGAAGGUGAAGCAAUUGCUUGGCACAUUAAAGAAAUGCUUGAACAGCAGAAAGCAUUGGGUUGCCAUGUUACAGUUGCAAGAGUUGUCUUCCAUGAAAUUACAGAGGAUGCAAUAAAAAAUGCCUUAAUGUUUCCAAGAUAUAUCGACAUGGACUUAGUUAAUGCUUAUCUUGCACGCCGUUCCCUUGAUUAUUUGAUUGGAUUUGGCAUAUCACCUCUUUUAUGGAGGAAGUUGCCUGGUUGUCGAUCAGCUGGACGAGUUCAGUCUGCAGCUUUGGCUCUUGUAUCUGAUCGGGAGACUGAAAUUGAACAGUUUAGUCCACAGGAAUAUUGGACAGUCGAUACUGACUUUAAAAUCCGGUGUUCAGAUUCUUCAAAAGGCCUAUGCCUUACAUCCCGGAUAAAGCAUCUCAAUUCAAAAAAGCUGGAUCAACUUUCUAUAAGCUCUCAGGAAGAAGCACGAGCUAUAGAAAAGAGGAUUUAUUCUUCUCAGUUUGAAGUAAGAGGUGUUAAGAGAAGCAAAAUUCACAAGAAUCCUCCGAUGCCAUAUAUAACAUCCAGCCUCCAGCAGGAUGCAGCAAACAAACUACAUUUUUCUGCAGGGCACACCAUGAAGGUAGCACAGAAGCUUUAUGAAGGAAUCAGUCUUUCUUCAGAAGAAGCAACUGGGUUAAUAACAUACCUCAGAACAGAUGGGUUUCAUAUUUCUGAUGGAGCUGCAGAAGAUGUCCGCUCAUUAGUCAAAGAAAGGUAUGGUGAGCAGUAUGCAUCAGAGGAUGUUAGGAAGUACUUGAAGAAGGUGAAAAAUGCUCAAGAGGCCCAUGAAGCCAUAAGGCCCACCAGCAUAAGGAGAUUGCCAUCAUCUUUGGUUGGAAUACUCGAUGAGGAUUCUUUAAAACUAUACGCUCUGAUAUGGAGAAGGACAAUGGCUUGCCAAAUGGAAGCUUCCAGAACUGAGCUGAUUCAAGUUGACAUUGGUAAUCCUGGAGGAGACAUGACUUUUCAUUCAUCGGCAUCAAAGCUCGACUUCAAGGGAUACCAAGCUGUCUAUGAUGACACUGAAGCAAGUGGGUCCAGUGAAAACCCGGAAGGAGAAGCUUUGCAUCAUGAUAAUUUUGAGGCCUUGUCCAAAUUAGAGAUGAAGGAUUUAGUGUCUCCAGUUAACGUGCAUCUUGGGCAGCACUUUACAAAACCUCCAUCCCGUUAUUCCGAGGGUGCAUUGAUUAAAAAGCUGGAGGAACUUGGAAUUGGAAGGCCAUCUACAUAUGCCUCUAUAAUGAGGGUGUUGCAGGAUCGGAAAUAUGUGACGAUAAAAAGUCGGGUUCUGCACCCUGAAUUCCGUGGUCGAAUGGUCUCAGCAUUUCUUUCACAUCAUUUCUCUGAGAUUGCCGACUACAGCUUUACCGCUAACAUGGAGACAGAGCUAGACAAUGUCUCUGCUGGGUCAACUGAAUGGAAGGGCCUCCUGAAAGAUUACUGGGAACGAUUCAGCAAGUACUGCGGAGAUGCUAGUCAAUGGGAUGUCAGGAAGGUAGAGAGAAUGCUUGAAGAGAAAUUCCGCCCUAUCCUCUUUCCGGACCUUGACGAUGCUAGCAGGAUUUGCCCUAGUUGUUCAGAAGGAACCCUGAGAUUCAAAGUUAGUAGGUUUGGAGAAGGCUAUUUUAUAGGCUGUGAUCGACAUCCGAAAUGCAAGUACAUUGCUCGCACAUUGUCAGAUGAGGAUGAUGAAAAUGAAGCCUGUGAGGAAACUAAAUGGAAUUUCGAACCUAGGUUACUUGGUGUCAUGCCGAAUUUGAACGAAAAGGUCUUUUUAAAACAAGGUCCUUAUGGUUACUACAUCCAGGUUGGAGAGGAUAGGAAAGGAAUCUCUCAGAAAAGAGCUUCUCUUUCUGAGGUCAAAAAUGUUGACUCUAUCACUCUAGAAGAUGCAAUUGAGCUAUUGCAGUAUCCAAAAAUUCUGGGAAAACAUCCUGAUGAUGAGUAUCCUGUACUUAUGACACAUUCUAAAGCUGGAUUUAGCGUCCGGCACAGGAGAACCGUUGCCCCAUUGCCUAAGAAUACAGACCUGAAGAAGAUUACACUUGAGUGUGCACUGAAGCUUCUGGCAGGUAAAAAUGUCAAAAAAUUUGGCCGACCAUUGGGAAAACAGAACAAAAGUAAAGAGCCCCACGAAUGGCAUUAAAAGUGCUCAGUUGUUACAAAUCCAAUGAGGAAACUCGCACACACGUGAACUAACAAAGGAUCAGCAGUAAGAAUGAGAAGUCAGUAUGCUUGAUGUUCACAAAAUUCAGAGUGGAUCAGCAGUCAGGAUGAUCAGUAAGCGGUUCUGUGUGCCCUACUGCCGCUGACACAUACGAGGUUAUGCUUGCUGAUGAGACGAGGGAUCUCCAUGCGUGACAGAGCAGUCGGUCAACCAAGCAUAUUAAACUUGCCCUCAGAUGUUCUUGCCUUCCGAUUUGUAUUUACUGCUGGAUUUCUCCAUAUUGGCUAAGAGGAUAUAUACAAGAGGCUCAUCUCUCUUCGCUUCAUUGUCAGCAGCUGUAUAGAACACACAGGUGAUGGACAGCUUACCAGAUUAUACACCCAUAGGUUUUUUCUACCUUCCAUUCUGUACUGUUGUGAAGUUCCUAAUGUUCUCAGACUUUGGCGGUUUCAAUCUGGUCACCCUUUUAUUCCUUUGGAAUGUAUCUGCUGUUUUGUUCAGCUAAAUAAUAUAAAAUCAAAGAGGGUUUAAUUGUUUGCUUUAAAGGUCAUUGACUGUUGGUUUGU